AUGGAUAUCGAAUUAAUUCGUUCAAAAUUAUCUAAAUAUGGUCAAGAACAUCUUAUUGCAUACUGGGAUGAUUUAAAUGAUAAACAAAAACAAUCAUUACUACAAGAUAUAAAUGAAAUUGAUUUAGCUCGAACUCAUGAUGCCUAUCAACACAUUAAAUCACAAUUGAUGCCACCGUUAUCGUCAAAUAAAAAUGAACAACAAAAUGGUGCGGGUGAUAAUAAACAACAAGAUAUUGAUCGCUUAAUGGAACCAAUACCAGAACACUUAGCCGGAAGUGUUUAUGAAGCUACUCAAAAAGAAUUAGAUGAAUACAAUCAAGAAGGUUCUAGAGCUAAUGAUAAAAGGUCUUUAAGUUUGAGAGCAAUAGCUGAUGGUGAGGUUUGUGUAUUGUUGUUAGCUGGUGGACAAGGAACACGUCUUGGUGUAAAUUAUCCAAAAGGCAUGUAUAAUGUAAAUUUAUUGUCACAAAAAAGUUUAUAUCAAAUUCAAGCCGAACGAAUUAUCCGUCUUCAAGAAUUAGCUAAUGAACAGUAUGGAAAAAUUUGUCAAAUACCAUGGUUUAUUAUGACAAGUGAACAUACUCAACAAGCCACGGAAGAUUAUUUUCAUCAACAUAAUUAUUUUGGUUUAAAACAAGAAAAUAUUAUAUUGUUUGAACAACACAUAUUGCCAGCAUUAAAUUUUCAGGGUAAAAUAUUAUUAGAUGAAAAAUAUAAAUUAACUAAAGCACCUGAUGGUAAUGGUGGACUAUAUCGGGCAUUAUGCACACGUGGAAUAUUAAAUGAAAUGGUUAAAAGACAAAUUAAAUAUGUACAUGUUUAUUGUGUCGAUAAUAUACUUGUAAAAAUGGCUGAUCCCAUAUUCAUUGGAUUUUGUUUGAAGAAAAAUGCUAAUUGUGCAGCAAAAGUUGUUAAAAAAAAUUCUCCCAAUGAAGCUGUUGGUGUUAUAUGCAAAGUAAAUAAUCGUUUUCAAGUUGUUGAAUACAGUGAAAUAUCCAGUGAUACUGCUCAACGUCGCAAACCGGAUGGUGAAUUAUUAUUCAAUGCUGGGAAUAUAUGUAAUCAUUUUUUUUCAGUUAAUUUUCUUCAAGCUGUUUGCAAAGAUCAUGAAAAUGAAUUACGUUAUCAUGUGGCAAAGAAAGCAAUUCCAUGUUUAGGAGAAAAUGGAUUAAAAAUUGAAUCACCCAAAGAACCAAAUGGUGUUAAAUUAGAAAAAUUUGUAUUUGAUGUAUUUCCAUUUUCGAAAACAUUCGCUGUGUGGGAAGUUAAACGUGAAGAAGAAUUUUCGCCACUAAAAAAUGGUAAAGGAUCAAAAGACACCCCAGCAACAUGUAGAAGAGAUUUAAUGGCAGAACAUUUACGAUGGUUAAAACAAGCGGGUGUAGAAGUACCCAAUAUAGAUAAAUUUACAAAAGCUGAUGAGCCGUUACUGGAACUAUCGCCUCUUGUCUCUUAUGCUGGUGAAAAUUUGGAAUUUUUAAAAGAUUACCAGUUUGAACUACCGUUCUUAUUAGAAUGUAAUAGUAAGAAAAAAUUGGAAGUAAAUGGAAAGGAAUUAGUUAAAUCAGCUUUUCAAACAAAUGGCUUGGAAUGUAAUAGUACAGCAACUAUGAAUGGUGUUCAUCAUUAA